AUGGGUUUACAGUCAACAUAUACAAGCGAUGGAGAUCCGGAAUUUAUUGUGAGUGUUGAAGGGCUACAUAAGUCUCUGUGUUUUAAAGUCGAGGGUCAAGAGGGGGAGAUAAUACGUCUGGUACAGGAUGACCAUACAGGUAUUCGAGUUAAUGCCAGACUGUUUGGUGUUAACGAAUCUAAAAAUACAUAUAUAAGUACUGUAUCCAUCAUCAGGAAAAACAUCGUCAUUAUCGUUAAACCACAAACAGUUAUGGUGAAUCGGGAGAUAUUUGUGUGGGGCAAUAUAACAGCAUUUUUGAUUCGUGGACAUAGAGUUGUGUUGGAUGAGAAUCUUAUGGCCGUCACUUUCAGAAGAAUAAAUGUUACAGCCAUUGUUCGACGUCAUGUGUUCCCUUCGAUUGAUGAAACAGACGAACUGUCAUAUCUUGGUUUCUAUAUAUCAGAUGCAAGAGGAUUUUCUCAAUACACCCAUGGACUAUUAGGUCAGUUCCUAUAUAAAAGAGUCUCUAUUGAUAAUCUUCGAUACAGAAACGGUAGAGCUAAAGCCAGAUUAAAUGUUGUGUCACCAUUGAAACCAAUAGCCCGUCGAGCCGUGGCAACUCUUGGUGAAAGUGUAAACAGAGCCCUUAACGUCACGGCCUCAUGUUGGAUGUUACGAAAAAAUGGACGCGGGGUUGUUGAUGGUCAAUACAGAAAUUACGUUGUGGAAAACAUGAGAGACUUAAGACUCUUAGAAUUCUAAUAGAUUGUUAUAGAUAAUAUUAAUAUGUACAGUGCAAGGGCGGAUCUAGAGAUCAUGGAUAGGGAACAUUUCUAAAAUUAGAAGCUCGGAAAUGCCAUUUCCAGGGAUCUGAGACAAGAGUACGGUUCUAAAGUAAGCCCCCUGGAUCCGGAUAGGGAAGGGGCGGGGCAUGCGUCGGGGGUACCCCGUACUAGAUCCGCCCAUGCAGUGUAAAUCACUUUUAUUCUUACUGUCAAUCCGUUUUAAAACCGAGUUUCAAGUUAUUACCUUUUAAUGUCUACAUUUAAUUAGCAAUAAGAUUUAUUUGUAACAAGUCAGUAGCGGAUCCAGGAAUUUAUGCAGGAGGGGGUUUGCCAAGCUCCGGUUAAGGAAAUUGGACAGGUGACAAUGCAUGAUGCCAUCAUUGUCUCCAAAUUACGUAGGCAUACAUACACACUGAGUUUUUUAAAGAGAGAAAUCCAACACCCCGUUUGGCGUCAAUUUUUUUUAUGAAUUAAUAGGUUCACAUUGUGAUUCAAUUUCAUUGAUGCAAAGCAUUAAUUGUGAUAUCACAUAUGUCUAAAUCAUUAUCUCGCGCUUUGAAUGUCCAUCCCAUCUCCUGUAGCUGAGCAGAGGAGAUCCGUCCCUGCAACUAUAUUGUAUCAAACUGACGAAUUAUUAAUCAUUCGUUUAUUUUAUAUGCCUCAAUUUAAACCAUGUUGUCUUUCGCGGUAAUUAAUUCAGUGGUAUUACCCAAAUGUAUAUUAAUCUACUUAUAACUGUCUUAGAAAUAUGUCUGUACGUGGUCUAUAAAAUAAUGAAUCAGACAUACCGGUUUAUAUAAUACCGGUUUAUAUAAAUAUAUCCAACACGUCGUUCAGCUUUCAAGUCUAAUAUUUCCUCGGAGAUGUUCAUAUUGCAACAAUUAAUGUUCAUAAAUAAAGUUUUUGGACCAGCAGGAACUGGUCGCUAACCGCUA